AUGUUCCCGUUUGUAAUUCGUGCAAAUUUCAUCUCGCGUAUUCUCCAAGGACGAUUUUGUCGUUCUUCGAUCUGCCAGGACUCGUUUCCAUUUCCAAGGAGGAAACAGUUCAUUUUAGGAAUGUGCUUUCCUACGCAUUGUAAUUAUUUCUCUUCGAAAUCCAUGAAAGUAGCCGUUCUUGGAGCCGCGAGUAAAACCGGACGUUGCCUUUCGUUAUUCCUGAAACAAUCACCAUUGAUCGACGAAUUGGCAAUCUACGAUAACGAGUGCACCUAUGGCCUCGCGUUGGAUUUAAAUUACAUUGAUACAGGAUGCAAGGUCAGCACGUGCAAUCCCUCCGAGUCGUGCUUGAAGCAGACGUUGGAAGGGGCGAAAAUAGUAAUGAUCGUUGGGGAUCGAACGAUCGGGAAAGAAUUAAAUCCGUGCGAGAUAUUGAAAUGCAAUGCCGAUACGUUAUCGGACCUGCUGCCGAAUGUGAUUAGAUUUUGCCCUCAGGCUUUGGUCGCUGUAGCGAUGAAUCCGAUAAACAGCUUGAUACCGCUGGCGAUGGAAAUGUACAAAACGGCCGGCGUUUACGAGUACAGCCGUGUUUUCGGUGUAAUUAGCCUGGACUGCUUGAGAGCGAACACUUUUGCCGCGGAAGCCAUAGGCAUCGAGCCGGAGUGCGUGACCGUGCCCGUGAUAGGUGGAAGUUGCUCGAAGACGUGUAUCCCGAUAUUUUCUCAAGCAAAGCCUUGCAACAAGAUAUCCCUGGAUGAAGCUAGGCGAUUGACGAACGCUGUGAGGACGACCGACGAAGAGAUAGCGAAGGCGAACAAGGACAAGGAUACACCGUCUUUCGCUAUGGCUUUUGGGGCAGCCAGAUUCUGCGUGUCACUUUGCAAAGCAUUGCGACAUCAACGCGGUGUCGUGGAAUGCGCUUAUGCUCGAUCCUGCGUGAUACCGGAGAUAACAUACUUAGCUGCUCCGUUGGAAUUAGGACCGGAUGGAAUUCAGAGGCAUUUGGGUAUUCCACCUUUGAAGGAUUACGAGUGUAAACUUCUCGCGGCAGCCGUACCUGUUCUGAAAAGAGACAUCUCGCUUGGGGUGACACUUGCUCUUGGCCACGAGAACAUUCCCUCCGAAGCGAAUUGCACGAAUUCGUCUUACGUAUCGCAGUCUCCACCCUAAUUUCGAAAUCAAUUAUAUAUACAAAGGAAAGCCAUAGUUAUGUAAAUAAACUUUUUAAAAUAUCUAUCUAAAAUGUAAAUCCUAUUUUUAUUUUCCGAUUUUUACAUUCGAAAUGAAUUUUUUUGGUUCCUUAAUGAAAAGUCCCGUCAUCCAUUUCCACCCAUUAAAACUUUGUAAAUAUUACGCUUCAUCGGUUGCCAUCAUUUUAAACGUAUAUUAUUCGAGAUCUUUGCUAUUUAUGUUACCGUUUUUCUGCGCGCCCCGUGCCGCAGCCUUCGUUGUUCCCGGGCGCAACGGAGACGUGGCAAAUGACAAUUUCAACGAGAACAUUUUAUGUUUCUUCACGGUUUACGAUUGCAACGAGCCCGUGGUCUCGCGGUGCUUCGGAAUGGCCGCGAUUCGAUCCAAAGAAUCUCGAACGACGGUUCGUCGAUCUUGAAAUUCCGUCUGCGGAUUCCUCUUCUUCUUCUUUUUUUUUUUAUUCAGCCGUCGCGUCCGUACCGUUUCAUUCACGUUGAUCGUUAUUGACGAUAGUUGAGUCGCAAGACACGCGGGAGGUAGCCUUCGAGUGAUUUACGAUCUUAUCCAGUUGUACCGUCCAUUAGAAUUAACCUUAUUUCAUUAUGGCUCUCAAAAGACGAGCAACCCAUUGACGUCCAGCUGCUUUAUUUAUCGAUUCUGCAUUCGCGCGCCGCUGAAAUACCCUCUUAGCUCCCAUGGAAAGAGUGAAACACGAGCUCUCUCGUAAAAAAGUAACGAGUCAAGGUAAACGAACAUAAAUUCGGACGUUGGACCUAAUUGCCGUUACGUUGGGAUCGUUAAA